CCCAAGAUGAACACCACCUUUUCUACUUCCUGGACGCAGUUUGAGAGAAUGCUUUUCGUUUUGUAGUUUGUUAGAUGAAGUACUUGAAAAAGUAAGAAAUCCGGAAUGAAAUUGGAUUAAAGUUUCCUACAAAAUGAGUUGGAUUCCCUUUAAGAUCGGACAACCAAAGAAGCAGAUUGUUUCGAAAACGGUUGAAAGAGACUUUGAACGGGAAUAUGACAAGCUCCAAAAAUUGGAAGACCAGACCAAGAAGCUGCAUAAAGACAUGAAGAAGAGCACGGAGGCUGACAUGGCCAUGUCCAAGGCCGCGGUGAAGAUUUCAGCCGACCUACUGAACAACCCCCUGUGUGAGCAGGACCAAGCCUUCCUGGACUCCAUGACCGCCCUAGACACGGCUAUGAGGAGGAUGGACUCCUUUAACCAAGAGAAGGUGAGCCAGAUCCAGAAGACUGUGAUCGAUCCUCUGAAAAAGUACAGCAGCGUGUUCCCCAGUCUGAACAUGGCGGUGAAGCGGAGGGAACAGGCUCUCCAGGACUACAAGAGACUGCAGUCCAAGGUGGAGAAGUAUGAGGAGAAGGAGAAGACCGGGCCCAUCAUGGUCAAACUGCACCAGGCCAGGGAGGAGCUUAGGCCGGUAAGGGAGGAGUUUGAGGCCAAGAACAAGCAGCUGCUGGACGAGAUGCCCAAGUUCUACCACAGCCGCAUCGACUACUUCCAGCCCAGCUUCGAGGCCCUGAUCCGGGCACAGGUGGUGUAUUUCACUGAGAUGCACAAGAUCUUCGGCGAGCUGACGGAUCAGAUGGACCAGGCGGGGCUGACGGACGAGCAGAGGGAACGGGAGAACGAGGCCAAGCUCAACGAGCUGCGGGCUCUGUCCAUUGUGGCCGAUGACUAAGGGCGGGUUGCCAGGUUACGACUCUACUUGAAUAUGUCUCAUUUCUCUCCACUCAUGUCCUACUGAGACUCGCCAUCAUCUCUGUCAGCCGCCGAUGACACUACACGCGUGAUGACAUGCUUAAGCUUUAAGCAUUCUUAUGCCAUAUUUACAAAGCCAUCAGCAAACUUCUGUUAUGAUAAGCAGAUAACAAAUGAUGUAUCUUUUAAAUGGAAUGAAUACAUGGUUGUGUACCCCCUCUUUUUGAAGAAAUAUAUGAAGAAAAAACUUGGGUUGCUAUUUUAACAGCUGUCACAUAAUGUUAAUGUUACGUCAAGCCAGCAAUAAGCUGUCCACUUAAUAGUAGUUGUUUGAAAUGAUUAACUUCAAUAUUCUUGUUUGUCAUCUGGAAUUAAUGUCAACAUUUUGAAUUAACCGUUUUCCUCAUGGGGUACUAAUUUUCUCAAGUGGUAUGUUUUCAGUCAGGAUGCAGUUCCUGCAGCUGGUGUGCUCCUGGUUCAGUCUUAUUUCCUAUUGAGAAAAUGAAAUGAAAAGAGCAUGAUUCACUCUUAAUGGGCAUCCGGCAUUAUAAAGCAGCAUUAAGAUUAAAAUCAAGCCUUACCCAACGUGUCGGAUCAGAAAACUUGAAUCGGUAGUAUGGGCUCAUGCAAAGUUUCACUCUGCAAGUUGUGUAUUUUUGUCACCUAUCAGUCUCGUACAGGGCAACUGCUGAGAAUAGCAGCAUUUUUUAAAGGUCCUAUUUUUGGAAGGGGGGUGUGCAAAGAACUCUGUGCUAUUGCAGUAGCAUGCAUUUGAUGGAAGUAUCUUGGAAGAGUUUGGUUUUAUCAAUGUUUAUUUGACUCAGAAGAAUUCUCAGCUGUACUUCAGCAAGAGACACGGGUACAGACAACUUCCUGAGCAAAAGCAAUGUUGUUUCACCCUCUAGUGGCAGUGAGUUGCAUUUUCCGGAGACUCUUCUGAGGUGUAUUUAUGUUUUUGUCAUUUAUAGUUGAAUUUGCUCCUUAAUGUAACAUUUCGGUUUUGUGUAGCACUGGUCUACAGCCAGGUGCAUACUAUGUCUUACAUGACCCUUACAGACUGUGGUAGAUUGUCUGUGUUCAAAGAUGUUACAACCCUCACUGAACCAACCACCUUGCCCCCAGAAUGUAUAGUUCUGGUGCAGCCCCUAAACUUUUUCCCCAGCUCUGUAAACUUUGAAGUCCGCAGGUUCUUUCCUGUGCCAUAUUAUGAGUUGAAUGGCUUGGGUAAUGCAGUUAUCAUCUCGUGCUGCACAUCCAAGUUAAAUCUAUUCUGAGAUGUGUUUUUGUAAUAAAGAAAUAUAAUGUUUUCACUGCAGGUAGUGCCCUGCAGCUAGUCCACAUCAUGCUCACAGACACACCUUCUUAAAUAUAACUGAUGUUACUGUGUCCAGGGUACGGCCCUGGCCCUCUAGAUGUGCCUUUCAUCAGUAGUUUUCCCCUCUCAUAUCAGUUAUGCUUAAGAUUUUCUAUCAAGACUUUUUGUGUUCAAUGCGUUUCAGUGGGACUGUGACUUCAAACCAUUUUUCUUUCUUUUUACAGUAGUCUACAUUGUAAUAAGCCAAGUUUCUAUUGAGGCAAUCAUCAUGCCAUUCUUCUAGCUUUAUGAUUUAAUUAUAAAAUCUUUUUUUUUUUUUUUUUUUUUUUUUAUCCUUUGUUUCAAUGGACAUCAUUUAUUCAGCAAUACAAUUUAACAUUUCUGUCCGGGGUUAAUUGAGAAUGGCACAUUUUAUUUCUAAAGCUUUGGUAUUUGUAGUAGUGUGUUGUUUGUUUUAAUUCAUAUUUAAUUUGGUGCAGCAGUUAAUUUGCCUGAAUCCUGAUUGGCACAGGCCAUCUGUUGGGGUAGUUGCCUUCAUCUACAUAACACUAUUUUAAUGUAUUAAAUUUUUUUGGACAAUAUGUAAAAUUCAAUAAAUUGAUUGAAAUAAA